AUGAACUCAAUAUCAACUGCGACACCCAUUAGGGUGGCUGCCACACUACCGAAGCACUACGUCCAGUUCACGGUACGGACCUACACGAGGGGCAUCGCUACUACUAGACUCCGAUGCAGUGGCUCGUACUUCAGCAAUAACUACACACACCAGCCGGCCACGAAGCGGUUGAUUCACUCGACGCCCAAAUCACAGAUCAAGGAAUACUUCCCUCCUCCCGAUGCGCCCAAGAUCAAGGAGGUCAAAUCGGCAUGGGUCCAUCCAGUUUAUACAGAAGAACAAAUGCUCUCCGUCAAAGUCGGCCAUCGCGACGCCAAGGACUGGUCCGACUGGGUGGCGCUCGGGGCUGUCCGUGUCUUGCGUUGGGGCAUGGACUUGGCCACCGGAUACAAGCACCCCACGCCGGGGCAGGAGAAUAAUCCCAGGUACCAGAUGACGGAGAAGAUGUGGCUGAACAGAUUCGUCUUCUUGGAGAGUGUUGCUGGCGUUCCCGGAAUGGUGGGUGGCACGCUCCGCCAUCUGAGGAGUUUGAGACGUAUGAAGCGGGAUCACGGAUGGAUUGAAACGUUGUUGGAAGAGGCCUGGAAUGAGAGGAUGCACCUUUUGACCUUCCUCAAACUUGCCGAACCAGGAUGGUUCAUGCGCCUGAUGGUAUUGGGAGCGCAGGGAGUGUUCUACAACGGAUUCUUCCUUUCCUACCUCGUCUCGCCGCGUACUUGCCACCGUUUUGUGGGCUAUCUUGAAGAAGAAGCGGUGCUGACUUACACGCGAGCCAUUGCGGAUCUUGAACAGGGGAACCUCCCCAAAUGGACAAGUGAGAAGGCCCCGGAGAUCGCCAUUCAAUACUGGAAGAUGCCCGAGGGCCACCAGACUAUCAAGGAUCUCCUGCUAUAUGUCCGGGCAGAUGAAGCCAAGCACCGCGAGGUUAACCACACCCUUGCAAACCUGAACCAAGUUGCAGACCCCAACCCGUUCGCUGUCCAGUACAAGGACCCCGCCAAGCCGUAUCCAGGCAAAGGGCUGGCGACUCUGAAAACUAAGGGUUGGGAAAGAGAGGACGUGAUCUGA